ACAUCGCCUCUUGCUAUCUGCUCCUCACGUCGACUCUCCCCUGUGAAGCCACCGGCCGGAGACAUUCGAUAGCCGCAACUCCGUCGCACCCAACCCCAGAUAGAAACCCUUGCUCAAACAACACUUGGCUGAAGCCUUCAAAUCACUCAGGCUGUCUUCUCUUCUGUCAAAUCUCUUUUCAUUUGCUCGUUGUAUUCUUCAAAUACCAGAAUUGCAGAUAGUAGAGACAAAUGGGGAGCCGAGCAUUACUUGUGCUAGCACCAGCAUUUUUAUCUGAAAGUAUUCUGCUCAAUCACAUCUCAAGAUCUGGAUUUCAUCAACUUCUUACACAGAAUGAAAAGAGGGUUAGGGUUGGAGGUCGCAACUACUCGAUUCAUUCCAAUUUGGAGCGACCCGAUGUGACCCGUUUAGCAGAAACCGCCCGUAUCUCUCUCACUCCACAAGAGGCUGAAGAGUUUGCUCCCAAAAUUCAGCAAGUAGUAGACUGGUUUGGGCAACUCCAAGAUGUGGAUCUUCAAAGUAUUGAACCAGCUAUUCGUGCAGAUACUGAAGCAGGAAGCUUUCGUGAAGAUAGUCCUGAAACAUUUGAGAAUAGGGAUGCUAUUAUAGCUGCUGUCCCAAGUUAUGAGGCGCCUUAUAUUAAAGUCCCCAAAGUCUUGAACAAGGAUUAAUACAAUUAGAGGUUAGCAGUUAGUAGUGCAUUCAAAAGAAACAAAUUUUGUGUUAUUGCAUUUCAAUUUUCACUUUAAAAAAUCCAUGCCUAGACAUGCUUAUUGCCCUGUUUAUUUAUAUUUUUUGAUCAAGUAUUGUCUAGUGAUCCAUCGCUUGCAUGGGCAAAUUUAAAUUAGUUGACCAAUUAUAAUUGUAUUAUUUGAAUUUCAUUUAUAGAAGGUAGCUUCCUCUUAA